GCCCCAAAGUGGCAACAGUAUCCAAAUAUUGCAAUGAAAAGGGAAAUCUUUUUAGAAUUGAUUCUGUAAUCUAAUGUGAUUAUUACGAACUUAAAGUGGAAGUGUUUCGUUCCCCAUUACAGAAUUAAUUGUUGAAACUUGAAAUACAGAAACUUCAAUGAAGCCCUCUGUGUCUGUGCUGCGUUUGUCACUGCUUGUUUUUGUUCCUCUGCUUCUCUCUCUCUCCUUUCUAGUGCUUAUGCCAAAGGAAACCGCUAUGAAAACCUUUGAGGUGUUCGGAGUGAAGAUAGAGAAGAACCCACCUCAAUCCAAACUCAACCAGCUUGGAGUUGCAACUUGGUCCAAGUGGGAAGGAGGUCCAACCAAAAUUCCAUGGUCCUUUAAAGAAGAAGAGACUAUGUAUCUGCUUGAGGGAAAAGUGAAGGUUACUGUUGAAGGGUCUGUUGGAUCUUUUGAAAUUGGGGCUGGUGAUUUAGUUGUCUUCCCAAAAGGAAUGAACAUUACUUGGGAAGUGAUUGAAGCUGUGAAGAAGCACUACAGCUUGAAAAAAUAAUGUGUAACUAUAAAUAAAACUUUCUUCUACAGUUGUGGCCUAAUGAUAUGUCAUGUAUGAACUUGAUCAAGUAAUUACUACUCACUAUGGCUAUAGUUGCUAGAUUCUACUGGAUUGUACUAAACAAACCCUAUUCAAACAUGUAUCAAGAGAUAAACUGCAACUUGUUUAGAAGUUUCUUUACAAGAUUGCCAGCGAGAGCAACAAAAUAUUAGGGUAUAGUUUUGGAAGAGGGUAGGGUAACAUAAAUAUAUUUUAAUGGAGACUCCUCAUGCCAUUGUUCAUCCAUAGUUGAUAUGGAAAUCCUAAACCAGAAUACGGGCAAUGAAUUACGACUACCAUUCUAUUUUUUUUAA